GCGGCGGAGCACACCAUGGUGAAUAGAGAAUCUCCGAAAGGAAAGAGCUAAAGCCCUUAGCUUUGCGAUUUGGGGUCGCAUUGGAGUCAGAGUACGUUAACAGCUCGAGCUUCGCGUUCGUGGAAAGCGGUACCCGUAGGUGACCUAUCAUACUCGCAAACUAGUUGUGUCUCGGCACUUCAGAAAGAUGGUGUCCGCAACCGAGGCAGAACGCCAAAUUGAAGACUGCAUAAGAAGCGAGGCUGAAAACGCCAGAACAGCUGGAAGUCGUCUUCCGCCAGAGAUCCUUUUUCUCAUUUUUGAGAAAGUCCGUCAGAGGGCCGCGGCGCCUGUCAUCCACCAAACCACAUUUGCGGCAUGCACGCUGGUUUGUCGACAUUGGUAUGAGCCAGCACGACAAUCGCUCUGGAUGGCGCCCUUGAUGUCUUCGAAAGAGAGAACGAUGCGUUUUCUCAAACGGCAUUUGAUCGAGAUGGAGCACGGACCUGGCGCCCCAGAGCCGGACGACACGGAUUUCCUGCACCGCCUGGUGGUUGGCUGUCGAAAUCUUCAGUCUCUGAAGAUGUUUUGCGAUCCUUUAGACCCGCGCACACUGGCGCUGCUCAUGGAAGCGUGCCCCAACAUCAGGUCAUUGACCCUCACAGGUUCUUGCGGUACCGGUGGCCACCAUCGAUUCUACUAUCAACUCCCCUCCGUGCUGGACAUGGACGAAAGGAGUAUCAAGAAGCUUCAGACAAGGAUUGCCACACUGCAUACCCUUGAUUUAGCGAAUAUGGAUUUCACGCGCGGAGACGGCGUCUACCUUGCUGCCAUUCUAGUUAGCGGGCUCGGCGAUCGUCUCGAAGCGUUUGCACCUCCAAUGGUCACAGGACCUGCUACUUCACCAUUUCAAUCUUUACGCGAUGACACAAUCGUUGCGCAGAUAGCGAGACAAUGCCCUAGGCUGACGCAUCUCUGCUUGCGGGGCAAAUACGUGACGGACCGCGCAUUGCAUGCGCUUGCGACAUGGUGCCCCAGGUUGCGCGCACUCGACCUGCGGUACUGUCCGGCGGUGACGAGCGCUGGAGUGUUACUCUUGCUGACUGCCUGCCAGUGUCUCACGGACGUGCGAGUCGGAGGCUCACGAGCAAAUGACUAUGUAGUGAAGACGGUGCUGAAUCGGGCGGAUUUGUUGAGGAUGUUGACAAGAGGAAGACGCAGAGGAAGUGUCUUUUCGCCGUGACGCGGACGUUGGAUAUGGGAAGAAGCGUUCUAUCAUUUUCAUUAGCGCCACAGUAUGGCCAAGCAGCAUAGCCAUGUUAACGACACCGCUGUCCA